AUGGCGAACAGGGGUGACACUUUUUCAGUGAACGUAAUCGAAAACGCGGUGGUGCAUGCAGAAGAACCAUGGAAUGACCACUGGGUAGCAUUUACAAACUUUGAUCGGCUGGUGCCACCUGUUGAUACCGGCUCUAUCUUCUACUACAAGGAACCCUCCAAUGGUACUUUCACCGAAAUAAUAGACGCCCUCAAAGCUUCGCUAUCUCAAGUUCUUACACUCUUCCCGCCCCUCGCUGGCAAGAUAGAAUGGAAUGGAGAGGCAGGAGAGAAUCAAUUUCACUGCAACAAUCAAGGUGUCGACUUUGUUGUCGCUGUAGCUGACGUGGAGCUCAAGGAACUCAACUUUUACAAUCCGGAUGAAUGUGUUGAGGGUAAACUAAUGCCCAAGAACAAACGUGGGAUCAUGUCCAUCCAGGUUACACAACUAAGCUGCGGUGGAAUAGUUAUAGGUUUUGCAAAUGAUCAUCGCAUAGUUGAUGGGUACUCUGCAAACAUGUUCAUGUCAGCAUGGGCAGACAUAACUCGAUUCAAAACCACGGCUAUACAUCCUUCGUUUGAGAGGUCGUACUUGAAACCAAGAUCCCCAUCCAUUUAUUCGCCGUCAAUUGAUGAUAUAUUUGCUCUAUUUCAACCACUAUCCAGCCCAACUGGGGUCAUAAGAGAUGUCGACAAUGAAUUUGUAAUUGCAAAUCGCAUGUACUACAUUAAAGGCGAACAGCUUACAAAGAUGCAGAUGUCAGCAAACGAAAAUGGGAGUAGGAAGUCAAAGGUAGUUGCAUUUGCUUCUUUCUUGUGGAAGCAAGUUGCAUUGAGCAUGGAAGAAUCCGGGAAACAUAAUGAAUCGUGCAAUAUGGUUGUUCCUGUUGAUGGUAGAAGAAGGUUGAGCGACGGAGGUGAUGAUGAGAAAGAAAAACUAAUAGCCUCACACUUUGGUAAUGUUUUAUCAAUGCCAUUUGGGUCGAAAAAACCACAGGAGUUAAAGGGGAUGUCAUUGAGCAAUGUAGCUACAGAGGUUUAUGAGUUCUUGCAGACUGCUACUACGAAAGAGCAUUUUUUGGAUAUAAUAGAUUGGGUGGAAGAACAACGGCCAAGACCACUAAUAUCAAAGGCGUUUGUCAGCGAAGGGAUGUCGUUCUCAGUGUCAGCAAGACAAAGCUUUGAGACCAUCGAUUUUGGCUGGGGUAAGGUUACGCUCGGAUCAUGCCACUUCCCGUCAGAUAGGAAAGAUUGUUUUGUGAUGACAAUGGGCAGUCCCAUAAACAGCGAGGAUUGGGUUGUCUUUAUGCAUAUGCCAAAAAAGCACUUGAACUAUAUUGAGACGAAAGCUAGUCAUGUGUUUAAGCCCUUGAGUGCUGACUACCUCAACGUUUAA